GAAAUUCUCAACUUCCUUGGCAUCUCGGGUACCAUCAAACGUUUUUGGAUCUAGAAUUCGGACUUUCGAUGGGAAUUGGCGCUGCUCCUCGAGCACACUCGCGCCCACCCACUUCAGUAGGGCCACGUGGUCCAUGAUCUUCUUGACCUUGGACUCAACCACUUCCGACAGCAGCAUGAAUUCAUCUCGCGUGGAAUCAAUCCGCCCUUCAACGAAUUCAGGCAGCGACUCCACCGAGUUCACCAUAGCAUCCACCUUCUUGCUUAA